AUGCAGAAACAGGUGGAUGAGCUUCAGUCAGCGCUCAUAAAGUCGCUGAGGGAGAGGGGUCAGCCGACAGUCAUCGUCAAGGACUCCGGCCGCAGUGGCAACACUUUGGUUGGUGUGGUGGUGGUGGUUGGCGGCGUGGCGCUGUACCUGCGGUUCAUCAAGGGCUGGCGGCUGGCCGACAUGAUGUACGUCACAAAGGGGGCGCUGGUCAACAUGCAGCAGAGCGUCAACACAAGCUUGGCGACAGUGCGUGGCCAGGUGGAGGCAGCCACCAACGACAUGCUGGCGCGGCUGGGCGUGGUAAGCGCCAAGGCUGAUGACAUGCUGGGGCGCCAGGAGGCCAUGGACGCGCGGCUGACAGACGUGGGCGACCGCGUUGAGGGCGUGCAGGGCGGCGUCGCGCUGUUGCAAGACCAGGUUGCCUACAGCAACCAUGCAGUGACCAUGUUGUGCGGUGCCAUGAGCGAGGUUGCCAAGCGUGUGGGGCUCAACGGCCGCUACGUGCAGUCGCUGGACACCCUGGUGCAUGGCGCACCGCCAACGCUCGGCUCCGGCCGCCCGCAGCAGCAGGCUCGUGUAGGCGGCGUUGGCGUCCGGACACUCCUCCAGGCACCGGAGUGCAAUUGUUGCAACACUAACCAGCACGAUGCAUAA